AGAGGGCACGGAGAUGGUGUGAGACAGGAGCCCAGGGGAGAAAGAGAGAAACUAAGACCCAAGGAGAAAAACAAAGAAAAGCCAGAGACAAGCCAGAGUAGCCUGAACAGAGACCAAGAAGGGAUCGCGAGGGCUGUGCGCAGGAAUGACCCUAAGGAUGCGCUGGACUGGACAGGCGAAGGGGGUCCUGGGAAGUUGGGGGAUCAUCUGCUUGGUGAUCUCUCUGCUCCUCCAGCAGCCAGGAGUCCACAGCAAGUGCUACUUCCAAGCUCAAGCCCCCUGCCACUAUGAAGGAAAGUAUUUUACCCUGGGUGAAUCUUGGCUCCGCAAGGACUGUUUCCAUUGUACCUGUCUGCAUCCCGUCGGUGUGGGCUGCUGUGACACGUCCCAGCAUCCCAUCGACUUCCCCGCGGGCUGUGAGGUACGUCAGGAGGCAGGAACCUGCCAAUUCUCCCUGGUGCAAAAAUCUGACCCUCGGCUGCCCUGCAAAGGGGGAGGGCCCGACCCAGAAUGGGGCUCAGCUAACACCCCUGCUCCUGGGGCUCCUGCUCCCCACUCCAGCUAA